AUGGCUGCCCCAGACGAAAACAAACCCGAGACCGUCUCAAUUUCCCCCCUCCUCCAGCGCCUGUCCUACCCCGCGACGACGGAAAUUCGAGUAAGCGCCGAUGAUAUUGCCUCAGCGUUUGCUCUGAUCUUCGAGAAUCGGCUGUCGACCGUCCAGACCGCAGCUUUGUUGACAUUGCUUCACUCGACAGAGAAGGACAAGGAGGCCGAUGUGAUUGCCAAAUGCUCCCAUCGCAUGCGAGAGGCGGCAUGUCAGAUUGAGAAAACUUCUUUGAGGAAGGUUGUCAAGGCCCGUGGAAUACGGGAGGGAAACUACAAUGGUGGAUUGGUAAAGACGCAAUCCUACCAAGUGCGACAUUGUUGGAACGGGGGUGAUUCACACUCGACCUUCAACAUCUCCACGACAGCCUCGAUUAUCGCUUCCCCAUUGCUCAUGACCGCCAAGCACGGAAACCGCGCUCAGACCUCAUUCUCCGGGUCAGCCGACGUUCUCAACGCAAUCCAGCCGGUUCCUCCCAAAAUCUCUGCUGUCAAUGCGGAAAAUGUGGCCCAGGUGUACGAGGAGACAAACUAUGCAUUCCUUUUCGCUCCCAAUUUCCACCCUGCGAUGAUGUACGCCGAUGUUGUACGCCGUGGUCUCGGUUUCCGAACAAUCUUCAACCUCAUGGGCCCGUUGGCCAACCCCGUGGAAUGGGCAUUGGAGGCGAGAGUCGUCGGCGUGGCUUACCAGAGUCUUGGACCAAUGUUUGCCGAAGCCCUUCGGCAAAGCGGCGCGAAGAAAGCGCUGGUUGUCUGCGGCGAAGAAGAUAUGGACGAAAUUAGCUGCGCCGGGAAGACAAAUUGCUGGAGACUGUCAGAGUACCCCAACCCGGCCUAUAAGGAGCUGCCUACGGUCCAGCAAAGCGGCUCAAGUGAUGAAGAAGAGAACCCGCGCACACUGGUCAAGCUCGACAUCUUUCAACUUCACCCCUCGGACUUCGGUCUACCCACCCACCCCCUCAGCGCUGUGUACGGACGAAAGAUGCCCAAGGACAACGCGGCGAAGCUCAUGAGCAUCCUUCGGGAUGAGCUGCCGCGUGAUGAUCCGAUCGUGGAGUUCGUUCUCAUGAAUGUCGCCGCCCUGCUGGUCACCUCGGGUAUCUGUGAAGCCGACACCAGCAACAUGGGCCCCGGUGACGACGGCAAUGUUAUCACCGAGCGCGGCCCUGGCGGCGGCCGUUGGAAAGAGGGUGUCCGCCGGGCACGCUGGGCCAUCCAGAGCGGCCAGGCUCUCCAGUGUUUGGAGCAGUUCAUUACAGUCACCAACAAACUGCAAUGA